AUGUCCUCUUCCCCUCAACCUAUAUGUGUGUAUGCUAGAUGGCGUCCCUUAGCAGCUAUUGAGACUGAGGUUGGGGAAUUCGAGCAUGCUAUUAACUCGCAACCUAACCGUCAACUUCAUUCCAUCUCUAUCAAACCCGAAGCCCCCCACAAAGAUAAGCCAUGGUCUAGCCCGGCUGCUUUUAAAGGAGUCUUCACUCAAGAAGAUGAUAAUGACAGUAUUUUCAGCCAAAUCGUUGCUCCUAUCUUACCAAAGGUUUUACGAGGAGCAACAUAUAACUAUUUUGCCUACGGUCAUUCAGGUAGCGGAAAAACGCAUACCAUCAUUGGCUAUGACUACGAACACGAGAGCCGGCUUGGUCUGUCCCUAGCAGCUGCUCGCGUGCUUUUCACAGAGCUGGAUAUCCAUAAUGCGAAUGCAGGCGAAGAUACACUUGGCCUAGGACUGAGUGUAUUCGAGUUGCGGAAAAGUACAGCCUUUGAUCUUCUCAACGAACGCACACAGUGCCAUAUUAGACAAGGCGCUGACGGCAAGACGCAUAUUCGUGGCCCUACUAAAAUGCUGGAAGGUGGGAAAGUUAGGGUACAGCCCAUCGUCCAACGUGCAUGUUGGACGCUCGACGAGCUUCGAAAAGAGUUACAAAAAAGUCUUGGCCUCCGUGCUGUCGGCUCGUCAAGUGUACACGACCAAAGCUCGCGCACCCACGCAGUACUUGAGUUAGAGGUGAUCAAUUCUCAUCUUAUGAAGGCGCGACAAGCCCUUUACGAUCGGCAAUCAGAGCUAGUGCCCGUAGGCAAGUAUGCAGACGACGUUCAAAUUGAAGAACAAACCAAGAGUGUCAUCCCAAUUGAGGGAGGCGGAUAUCAACCUAACCCUGACUAUAAAGUCAACCAGGAAAAAAUUGACGCUGCCGAGGCCGAGCGGGCAAGAUUCGAAGCUCGUAUAGCAGAGGCGGAAGAGAAGGUAGCAUCAAUCAUGCAUGUCGAAGGCCAAGAUACGCCACGCCUAGGCGGAAGACUCAUUUUCGUUGAUCUUGCUGGCUCGGAGUAUCAGACCGACCCUCGUUUGUCACAUUUAUUGCUCCCCAAACAAACUCCGCAAGAACGACAAGAGGGUAGACAAAUAAACACGGAUCUACUAGCACUAAAGGAGGUGAUUAGGGCUUGUGCCUCGGGUCAGGAGCGUAUCCCCUUUCGCUCUUCGCCCCUGACAAUGGUGCUCCGAGAGCAUUUCUUGUCUGGGAAGGAUGGCACUUCGACAAUGAUUGUUACCGCGUCAUCGGCCCAGAGCCAGUACGCAGCAACCCUGAACUCGCUAAAAUAUGGAAGUCUGGUAGGUGUUUCUGGUAAGUAG